GGGGAUCGUGUCCCUGGAAGGGCAGCUGUCAAUCAAACUGUCCCGGGGACCGCGGCUGUCACUCAAACUGUUCCAGGAACAGCGGUGCAGUGGAGUCAGCUUAAAUCCAUGCUCGGAAUAUUCUACACCGCCUGCUUCUCUAUAAUUAUCGGAGUGGGGGGCCACAAUGCAAAAGGCAAAGAAAUCCAGGCGGAGGAAAUGGCUCACUACAGAGAGCGAGUUAAAGACAUGUUUUAUCAUGCCUAUAACAACUACCUGGAGAACGCUUUCCCUUAUGACGAACUGCGACCCUUGACUUGUGAUGGUCAGGAUACCUGGGGCAGCUUUUCUCUGACAUUGAUCGAUGCGUUGGACACUCUGUUGGUACUGGGUAACGUGACUGAGUUCCAGAGGGUUUUUCAAGUUCUUCAGGAUGGAAUGGAUUUUGACAUAGACGUUAACGCUUCUGUGUUUGAGACCAAUAUUCGAGUGGUGGGAGGCUUAUUGUCUGCUCACUUACUCUCCAAACAAGGCGGGAUCCAGGUGGAGCCGGGAUGGCCCUGCUCUGGACCUUUGCUCAGGUUGGCGGAAGAGGCUGCUCGCAGGCUGCUGCCAGCUUUCCAGACCUCAACGGGAAUGCCUUACGGAACAGUAAACCUCAUGAAGGGAGUUAAUCCCAGUGAGACCUCAGUGACGUGCACCGCUGGUAUAGGCACCUUCAUUCUGGAAUUUGCCACUCUCAGCCGCCUGACAGGUGACCCCAUAUUUGAGGAAGUGGCCAGGAAAGCACUGGACGCACUGUGGAACAGCCGGUCGGAGAUUGGCCUCGUUGGAAACCAUAUUGAUGUGGUAACGUCAAAGUGGGUGGCACAGGAUUCUGGAAUAGGUGCAGGGAUCGACUCUUACUUUGAGUAUCUGGUGAAAGGAGCCAUCCUAUUACAGGACGAGAAGUUGAUGUCUUCCUUCCUUGACUAUGAAAAAGCUAUUAAGAAUUACACAAAGUUUGAUGACUGGUAUGUGUGGGUUCAGAUGUACAAAGGUACCAUCUCCAUGCCUGUUUUCCAGUCUCUGGAAGCUUUCUGGCCCGGACUCCAGAGCCUCAUUGGUGACAUCAACAAUGCCAUGAAAACAUUCCACAACUACUACCAGGUCUGGAAGCAAUAUGGCGGCCUCCCUGAGUUCUACAGCAUCCCUCAGGGUUCAACUGUGGACAAGCGAGAGGGUUAUCCACUGCGACCAGAGCUGGUGGAGAGCGCUAUGUAUCUAUAUCGAGCAACUGGAGAUCCCACUCUGCUGGAGAUGGGCAGGGAUGUCAUCGAGGCCAUUGAGAAGAUCAGCCGUGUGGAUUGCGGUUUCGCCACAGUGCGGGACCUGCGAGACCACAAGCUGGACAAUCGCAUGGAGUCAUUCUUCCUGGCGGAAACGGUGAAGUACCUCUACCUGCUCUUUGACCCUGACAACUUCCUGCACAACGACGGCACCACCUUCCACACCGUCACCACUCCUUACGGCGAAUGCAUACUGGGUGCUGGCGGUUACCUAUUCAACACGGAGGCUCACCCCAUUGACCCCGCGGCCUUGCACUGCUGCAGCCAACACAAAGAGGAACGGUGGGAAGUCGAGGGGCUCAUGCAAGACUUCCACGCCACGCAGUACGCCAAGAUGGGGCUAUAUGCAGCUGGUGCUCCAGAGCAAACCCGUCAGUACAGCCAGAAAAGACAGACCACCCAAGGUGGGAAGAACACGAAUAAGAGGACAACUAACAAAAGUGCUCCAGUAUUGAGCUGCCCCCACCAGCAUUUUAGCUGGAAACUGGCGGUAUUAGGUCAAGUGUUUACAGACAAUUCCUAAUGUGCACAUCUUUUGAUCUAAAGGGACUUUUAUUUAUGAAAUAAUGGGAAAUAAAGUUUGACUUUUUUCAUGGCG